GCUAAUAGCCACUCCCCCCCACCACCACGCUCCUCCUUCCCCUCCCCGUGUCGCUUCUCAGUGGGAGAAAGAAGGAGCGGUGGGGCUCAGCUUCUCUCGGCCCCUCGUGUCGUCCGCCAAACCUCGGGUCCUUCCCCUAUGGCCACGGCACAGCGAUGGGCGCGUGCUGGUCGUGGUGUGUGGCCGCGCUGAGGCCGGGCGGUGCGGCCGGGAGACCCAGGCUCUCUCGAGCAGGCGGAGGGUCUAAAUAUUUUAAGUCUGGCUACGCCGCAGAGCAUACAACCAUCGAGUUUGAAAACUUGGUGGAAGAAGAUGAGGUUUACAGCAGUGUCAACGCCAACCCAAGGAUGUUCACCGAGGAGGAGGUGAGGACCCUGCGGGAAGGGAAAUACGAGCACCUGGUUGACGAGCAGAGGAACCUCGACCAGAGAUUGGCGCAGCAGUUACGGGAGCAGGAGGAGAGGUUGAAAAAGGAGGAGGAGGAUUUACACAGGGCACAGAGGCUGGCUGCCCUACAUGCCAAGCAAAAGCAUGCGCGCCAGGAGAGAAGCUCUGACCUGGAUAAGUCGUGGGUGGGAGACAGUGCUGAUGAGUGGCAAGUGGCCGAUGAGGAAGAGGACUUUGAUCAUUAUCUGCAGGGGGUCAAGGCAAGAUCGGAUGCUUUUAGGAACAAAUACCGGAUCGUUGCGGACGCGGCGAUCACCCCCAACACGGAGAGCAGCCGCACGCGGUCGUCCGCCGACGACAGUGCCUCGCUUGACCUGGAGUGGGAGGACGAGGAGGGCAUAAACCGCAUGCUGGAGGCUCACGAGCGCUCGCGCACGGAGGAGGACCUCCUCCAAGCGUCCAUGAUGCAACCCGAGUCUCCCCGCCCGCCAGGGAGGGCGAGGAGCGACCGCGAGCAGCAGCAGCAGCAGCAGCAACGGCGGCGACAGCAGCAGCAGCAGCAGCAGCAGCAGCAGGGCGACACCGGCGGCAACGGCUCCACCCCGGCCGCCACCUCCACCUCCGAGUCGUCCCCGGGGCUCGAGUGGGAGAACGACUUUGUGGGCGCCCAGGUGGACGAUAACGGCAACGACGACGGAGGCGGCGCGCCGGCCGCCGCGGGCUCGACCGACGGAUCCACGUCGGGGGACGACAGACACGCGGCCGAUAGGUAGCCGCCGUUUCGUGACGCACGCAAGCGGCGGCGGCGGUUUGUAAUUGUCAUUGCCACCGCCGCACAUCGUACGUGUGUUGCCUUGCAGCCGCUUUGGCCCAGACACAUUCCGUCUUUCUCCUCCUCCUCCUCCUCCGUCCCCUCCAUCUCCUCCAACGUUUAUAUUGGCAAAGUGGCAGCUGUCCGGGCUAAGGACCCGAGGAGGGGUAGGUACGGUGUUCACAAUUGAAUUCCAUGUGAAUUUGAUACACGGUCCCUUGGCACACAGUUGGCCUAAGUCACAAGAUAUAUUGAUUUGUCGCAAAGCAGAUGUUUCUUUUUCUUCGAAAUUGGCUUAACAUCUCAGGCAGGACCCUAUCUCGCCAAUGAGUCUCAAGACUUUACUUACCCAGCAUUUGCUGGGUAGAGCAUUAACGUUAAAGAGUCAAGUCAUGACGUCCGACAAAUUAGUCGAAUGAUGGUGCUGGUUAAGGGCUGCGGGAAGGAGAAGUGAUGCUCUGUGCAUCACCAUCGGUCUCUCAAGAGGCAAAUUAUUAUUUUGUCCAUUAGACCAAUAAAAAAAUAUCGGGGGAAAUCAAAGCAGGGAAAUUGUUGCUUUCAAUAAAAAUUUAGUUGCUGAACACAGUUUUUACAUUUUCUCUGUUUUGCAGGUUUAUGCAAUGAUGAGCUUAUAAAAAUUGAUUUUUUUUCGUGUGGUUUAUAUUGAAACCACUGGUAUGUGAUGUGGCCUAACGCAAUGAGUAAGGGGCGGGGGGGGGGGUGUUUUCUCAUGUAUAAUGCACUGGCUUUAGAUGCUCAACACGCUGGGGAGAGAUGUUUUAUUGAAGCUACUGUAUUUCCGCAAUGUUUGUAUUAAUCUGCCUCGAAGUGUUAUCGGAACGGAAGCCCAAGUUUGUUUGUAAUGCAGAGAUGUGAUCCUGAAGCAUUUUGCGUGUGUGUAAAAUACUUGGCUGCAUUCCUCAUCGGAUGUUCAAGAACACGUGCAGCAUUUCUGCAAUUGUCUGAAGAAACGCAGCACAUUUACAAAACCGUGGUGUCUUGAUUUGUGAAUAACUCUUCCUUUACGUGGACAUCUGUGUUAGUGAUUUUCUACCCCGUUAUCAACACGCUUAACGGUUUCACACACACACAGACAAAGAUCUCCUGUGUAGCCUCUACAUGCUUUUUGGGGCUAGUGCUGUUAGCGAUAACCUAUGAAGGGGGUGGGUGGCCAGCACCACGCCCGGCCUCCUUUCUCUCCCCAGUGGCGAUGUUUACACACCGCACCACGUCCUCAUUUGAGGCUGAGUC